GCUUUCUUCCAUGCGUCCCGCCUUCGUCAUGAGAUGACGGAAGGACGUGAUGACGUAGGACGUGGUGACGGCACGUCCCUUUGUUGGCUCUGCGGUGACCGCUGUUUGUGUUGUUGUGUCUGUCUUGGGGGCUCUGCGCUAGCUGUCUGUUCUGUGCUUCGUUAGCUGCGUGUUCCGCGUUGGCGACCCAUAGAAAUCCUCCCGGUGAUGGACUCCGACGAGGGUUACAACUACGAGUUUGACGACGACGACGAGGAGGAAGGCAGCGAAGAGAGUGCGGAGGGAGAACCCGAAGACGACUUGGAAGCUGAAGUCGAUCCCGUUGUAGCUGGUGGUGACCGAGACGACUGCGGGGAGACCGGGGGGAGCGGUCUCAGCUCUGGUCAGGAUGAGGAGGACUAUCCGUUUGAAGUGUUAACCGCUGAACAGAUACUACAGCAUAUGGUGGAAUGUAUCAGGGAGGUCAACGAGGUCAUCCAGAAUCCCGCAACAAUAACGAGGAUACUCCUUAGCCACUUCAACUGGGACAAAGAGAAGCUGAUGGAAAGGUACUUUGAUGGGAACCUGGACAAUCUGUUCUCAGAAUGUCAUGUUAUAAACCCCAGUAAGAAAUCUCGGACACGCCUGGUGAACACAAGAUCCUCGGCACAGGACAUGCCUUGUCAGAUCUGCUACCUGAACUAUCCCAAUUCAUAUUUUACUGGCCUGGAGUGCGGACACAAGUUCUGCAUGCAGUGUUGGAGCAAUUACCUAACGACCAAAAUCAUCGAGGAGGGAAUGGGCCAGACAAUUUCCUGUCCUGCCCACAGCUGUGAUAUUUUGGUGGAUGACAGCACUGUCAUGCGUCUUAUAACAGAUCCAAAAGUGAAGUUGAAAUACCAACAUUUAAUUACCAAUAGUUUUGUGGAGUGUAAUCGGCUGUUAAAGUGGUGUCCCGCACCAGACUGCCACCAUGUGGUCAAAGUGCAGUAUCCCGAUGCCAAACCAGUAAGGUGCAACUGUGGACGUCAGUUCUGCUUUAAUUGUGGAGAGAAUUGGCAUGACCCUGUCAAGUGUAAGUGGUUGAGGAAGUGGAUUAAAAAGUGCGACGACGACAGCGAGACCUCCAACUGGAUUGCAGCAAACACCAAGGAAUGCCCCAAGUGCCAUGUGACCAUCGAGAAGGAUGGGGGGUGCAACCACAUGGUAUGCCGAAACCAGAACUGCAAAGCAGAGUUCUGCUGGGUGUGUCUGGGUUCCUGGGAGCCUCAUGGGUCAGCUUGGUACAAUUGUAAUCGUUACAAUGAAGAUGAUGCAAAGGCUGCGCGAGAUGCACAAGAGCCCCCAUAUGUCCUGCAGCGCUCCAGGGCCGCUCUGCAGAGGUACCUCUUCUACUGCAACCGCUACAUGAACCACAUGCAGAGCCUGCGCUUUGAACACAAGCUGUACGCUCAGGUCAAGCAAAAGAUGGAGGGCAUGCAGCAGCAUAACAUGUCGUGGAUCGAGGUGCAGUUCCUGAAGAAGGCCGUGGACGUGCUGUGCCAGUGCCGCUCCACGCUCAUGUUCACCUACGUCUUCGCGUUCUACCUCAAGAAGAACAACCAGUCCAUCAUCUUCGAGAACAACCAAGCAGACCUGGAGAAUGCGACUGAGGUGCUGUCCGGCUACCUGGAGAGAGACAUUUCACAGGAUUCACUGCAGGACAUCAAGCAAAAGGUGCAGGACAAAUACAGAUACUGCGAGAGCCGGCGUAGGGUGCUGCUCCAGCACGUCCACGAGGGGUACGAGAAGGACCUCUGGGAGUACAUAGAGGACUGAUCACGCUCCCCAAGUCGCAGGAUCUCGUGAGCGACCAGCGUGCCGAUGCCGUCUGUCGGGUGGGAACCGGCCCGCAGUGACGGAGGCAGGGCCACCAGCCAGACGCGGCUCCCAGAGCCCGUACGACGGGAACCUAAACUACGCUGAGAUUAAGGCUAGAAUAUUCAAAAUAAGAGUUGCAAGCACUAUUGUUAACACCAGAGAGGACUUUAUAGACAUUAUACAAAAAAAUUUGGCCAUUUAGGCUGGUAUUUUAAUAUCUUCCUUUAAAACUCCCUUCCCAUCCCCUCUACCCCCAAAUGGGAUUUAAUCUGUUAGUUCCCAGGUUCACACCAUUCAGACUAAGUGCGUUUUGUGUGAGGGAAGUGGACUUUUCCUGCAGAGCUUUAAGUGUCCCAGACACAUCAGCUGUCCACGAUGAUGAUUUUGUCUGGCCUGUUGAAUGUUAACUGGUGUAGAGGCAAUAUCUCUCUUUUUUCUUGUUUAAAAGGGUGACAUGGUGAAAAGUUAAUCAAACCCAUAUUUUUCACUUUGUGUAUAAACACAAAUGCAUGGGAGUCAAAAAGGUGAGCGUGCAUUUUUAGAUGAGAGGAAAUGUGUUCUUUACUGAAAAUGCUGUAUGUUCACCAUGUAGUUGAAAUAUUUGUCCCCAAGAUGAGGCACCAGGAGCAGCUGACCUGCUGUCCUCAUGGGCCAAGGGCUCUCCGGGCUGCCCGCUUGUCUGCCAGGCUGCCCGCUUGUCUGCCAGGCUCUGCCAGCGAGCAGUGGCUCCGCUCCUGGCAGCAGUCAGGAUAAGCUGUCUCACAGCUUCUUGAUUCGGUGCCCUGGCUGGCUGAUGACAGUCAAAUAUUAAACUGUGAUUUAAAAAGAAUAAAACUUGUGCCCUUCCCUGAUACUCUUUUAAAAAGUAUGCGAGUUAAGAGAUAUACCAACUGUUUCAGGAGAGCCAUACUGAGUGAUAUUCACUCCAUAUUUUCCCCUCAGAGAGUAGGUUUAACCCUUUAUAUCAGUGUUUCCCAACCCGGUCCUCAGGAACCCUCAGUCGGUCCAUGUUUUUGCUCCCUUCCAGCUCCGGGUAAAAUGUGGACUGUCUAUGGGUCCUCAAGGACCGGAUUGGGAAAUACUGCUUUAUAUCUUUAAGGGUGUUUAAAAAAAAUUUCAAGAUGAUGCAAUUAAGCUGAACCUAAGUGACUUUGUGUGUUAUGGGAAGAGGUAUCAACAAAUAUUUUCAUCAUGGCGUGUUUUCUUGAACAGGAUUUCUCAGAAAUUAGGGGAGGUGUUUUUCAUAAUUCAUAGAAACACACUAAAAUUUAAUUGAUCAUGUAGAAAAUGUGCCAACUUGUGCUAAAGAGAUCAAAAUGUAUAUAAAAAAA